AUGCUUAGUGAUAAGAAAUGGAAAGAAGUUGAUGAAAAUGAUGAAAUUGAGGAAGUUGCUCGUUUAAUUUCUGCUGUUUAUGAAAAAGCUUCUGGUUCUGAAGAUCUUCGUACUGCAGUAGCUGCAUCAUCAUUAUACAAAGUAGAUUCAUCACUGAGCCUUUCAGAAUUAUCUGGUCAAGAAAUUCAAAAAAAAGAAGUUGAUUCAUUUCUUGCAAAAGCAAUAAAACGUGCACAAGAGAUUGAGCAAGUGCCAAUACAAGAUAUAAAGGCUCAGCCGUUUAUGCACAUUUGGGAUUGUGGAGGGCAGGCAGUGUUUUUGGAGAUUCUUCCAGCUUUUCUUACACCACGCACGCUAUUUUUCCUCAUAUUUAAUGCAGCAAAGAGUCUUGAUAAGAAAUGGGAAAAUAUUCGUAAUACAAAGGGAAAUAUGAUAUGCGAUAAUUUAGAAAGCAUGUCCACUAAAAAUCUGCUUUUCAACUGGAUAGCAAAUAUUCAUCAUCACUUGGCCCAAUUAGAUGAAAGAGGAGCCUUUCUCAGUUAUCCUCGUACUUAUUGUAUUGGUACACAUGGUGACCAGAUAAAUCCUGAUGAGCAGAGAGCUGCUAUUAAAAAUAUAGAAAGUGCUUUAUACCAAAAUAAAGCUUUUUCUGACUUAAUAAAGAAGGUGCUAGUUGUUGAUAACACAACUGCUGGAAGCUGUAACGAAGACCAAAAUUUUUCAAUUAUUCGAGAAGAAGUUAGCGACUUCACCUGCAAUGAGCUAAUUGUCAAGACGCCAGUGAGCUGGGUGCUGUUUCGUAAAGUUAUUAAAAUGCUUGACAAGAAAUUCAUUAGUUUGAAGGAGGCUCAUAGAAUUGGUUUAGCAUGUAAGAUCCCCCACAAUGAUGUUCCUAAAGUUCUCCUUUUCUACCAUGAUCUUGGAGUUCUCCUUUACUAUCCGUUUAUCAAGGGUCUUCAAAAUAUAGUUAUUACAGACCCUCAGUGGUUUGUUGAAACUCUUGGAAAAGUCUUUACACUUGAGGGCAAAGAAAAUCAAGAUGCAACACAAGCUAGAUCAAUGUGGAGCUUAUUACGUGAAGAAGGUAUCCUUGUCCAGCCAUUGUAUCAAAAGGUUUGGAGAGAUUAUAAAGAAAUUAAGCCUGAUGACUUGAUGGAGCUGUUGGUUCAUUUUCGACUUGCUGCUGAAGUUAAAACAGACCGAUACUAUAUUAAAAAUGUUAAGCAAUAUUUCCUACCUGCUGUGCUAAAGUUGUAUGAUAUUUCAUCUCCACUAUCAAUUUCUGAUGAUCAGCCAGUUGCCCGAGCAACUAACCUCCACAUCACUUUUGGCACCAAUUUUGUUCCUCCUGGCUUCUUCACUCGUUUUAUUGCAUCAUUCGCCAAUGCCUCAUUGUAUGAAAUCUUUUUUGAAAAAAAGUGUGUGUUUCGAAACCGUAUCAUGUUCGGAGACCCAAAUAUCACGAUUACUGUCACUGAUCUUUGUGAUACUAUUCAAGUUAGCGUUGAAUUUUACACUAGCACAUCUUUCAGUAAUACUUGCCAAGAGUUAAAAAAAUUAGUAGAAAGUUGUUGCAACAAUGUAGAUGAAGCUCUAGCUACUCAUUGUAAAUCUUCGAAAACAAUCGAAAUAAAUAGGAAGCUUCGCUAUGAGUGUACAGCAUGUGGUACUUAUGAGCGUCAUUACAUUAUUAGCCCUGCUUCAGGCCAAACAGCUGAUUCACUUCUUCAGUGUCAAAUAAGUAAAACACGGCGGCGACCAACUCUUGAAGAAUCAUAUUGGUUUCCUGAAGGAGACAAGACAGCUCAAAAUGUACCAGUGUCUAUUAGUCAGCAAGAAAUGCUUACCAUAUCACAAAGAGCCAGUGACAAAGCUGAUUCUGUGGCUGCAGGCUUGGAUAUGCUUCAGAGGUUGAAUGCACUUCGACUAGAUCAUCACAAUAAUCCAAUGCUUCAUUUGCUUUUUGAGUGGAAUAGGGGAGGAGGAUGUAGGGAAGACUUAGUUAAAACUCUUAAGGAUGUUAACCUUCAUAAACUUGCUGAUCAAGUUCAAAACUCCAGUUACACAGAAUUACCUAGACCUGUCACAGCUGUCAGUGUUAGUAGCACAGGUUCUCAACAAGCAUUUGACCAACCUUUAGUCAUUGAGUCUUCUUCAG